UAGGGGAAAAAAUGGAUAAUAGUAGGAUUGAAUUAAGUGAUUUUCCAACAGUGUGUCGAAUAUGUUUAGAAAAAAGAGAAAAAUUAAUUUCAAUUUUUACUGAAAUCUUUCAUUUAGGUGAGAAAUCCUAUCGCGAAAUGUUAAAAGAGUGUGCUUCUGUUCAUAUUUCUGAGAAUGAUUCUUUACCUAAAAAUUUAUGUUUUCAAUGUUCACAACAUUUAGAACAAAGUUAUAAACUGAAAAUACAGUGCUUAUCAUCGGAAAAACGUUUACAAAGUUUAGUUGAAAACUCUCAAGAAAAAGUAAAAGAAGAAGAACCAUUUUUACAAAAUGAUGUAUUAAAUGAUGAUUUCAAAUUUUAUGAUGAUGACGAUAAUAAAGACGAUGAUUUUAAUUUUUAUGAAUCAAAAACUAAUUAUCCCAUACAGCAAGUUGAAGUUAUUGUAAAAGAGGAGGCCACUGAUGAUCAUCCUGAAAAUAGUUCAAAUGCUAAGAAAAGUGGUAAAGUAGUGAAUUAUAAAUGUACAGAUUGUGAAGCGAAGUUUACAUGUGCAAAUAAAUUAUUUGAUCAUAACAAAGAUGUUCACUCAAAAACUGUCGUACAGUGUGAGUUUUGUAAAACGGAUUUUAAUUGUGGAAAAGAAUUAAAAAAUCAUUGUUCUGAGUCCAGUGUUUGUAAGACGUGUACGAAAGAUGUGAAUUGUGUGAAUAAUUUACUAGAGCAUAAAAAAGAACAUAAUGUUUGUGAUAAAUGUGGAAAAACAUUUAAUCAUGCAGGAGCAUGUCGGAGACACAAACAGGUUCAUACAAAAGAAAAGGGUUAUUUGUGUACAUAUUGUGGAAAAUCUUUCGCUGAUCAAAGAUAUAUGAUUAUUCAUACACGGAUUCAUACCGGGGAAAAACCGUACCAAUGUAAAAUAUGUGAUUCGAAGUUUAAAGAUAGUCAUCACUUACGGGAGCAUAUGACAAAACAUUCAGCUGAAAGAAAAUACGAAUGUGAUAUUUGUAAAGUUAGGUACAAAUGGAGUGACAGUUUGAGACAACAUAAAUUAUCACAACACACAAACGAAGAAUUUACUUGUAAUUAUUGUGAUAAACGUUGUAAGACGAAAAAAUGUUUACUUAAACAUCAAAUUAUCCAUUCAGGUGAGCGGAAUCAUGUUUGUACAUAUUGUAGUAAGUCGUUCAACAGAAGAGAUAAUCUUCGAGUUCAUUUAAGAAUUCAUACAGGGGAAAAACCAUUUGUUUGUAAUAAAUGUGGAAGAGGUUUUUCCGCUAAACAUGUUCUUAAUGGUCACAUGAAAACUUGUAACAUUAAAAAUAAUAUUAUUUGA